AUGGUUCUCACGCGUAGUGACCGUAAAAAACUGGUGUCCGCAAGUGUGCAUACCGAGACAAUGAACGAUACUCAUCUCAAAAGCAGUGUAAAAUCCGAGCCCGUGAAAACGUCACAAGUGCCACCGCAGCAUGCAACGUCGUGUCAGUGGCCACACCCGACACGUCAACCGACCGCAGAGGCAGGACCGUCGCACAUAUCAGUUCACAAACUGGACCUGUCUCCUGAGGAAGCACCACGAGACCUCACGUCACGAAUAUCGACGUCAUCCUCAGCUAAAGCAAGGCGAAAACGGUUGGAACUUGAGGCAGCGAAGGAAAAGGCCAGGAUACAGAUGGAGUUGAUCGAUAAAAAGCUAGAAGCAGACCUAGCUGACCUGGAAGAUGAAUACAGUCCACCAAAUGGAGACCGCGAGAGCAUUCAUACUCGCACCGACGUCGAGAAGUGGCUGGACCACAGCCAGCAUGAGAUGGAGAAGGAGCAGCGAGCCCCCCACAAUGGUAAACCCCCGGGCGAGCUGAAUCCACAAAAUGGUGCCAUCGAGAUGCUGACGAGCGCACUGAAGCAGCUAGCCACUACUCCCAUUCAUGGACCCAACCCGCAACUACUGAGCCGUAUGAGCAUCCCAAAGGACUUGCCUGAGUUCGCUGGAGACCCCCUGGAGUGGCUUCACUUUAAACAGUCCUACGAGGAGUCAACACAAAUAUGCGGCUUUACCGACAAGGAAAACGUCUGGAGGCUUCGAAAAUGUCUUCGAGGACCUGCAAAAGAAGCUGUAUCUGCAUUAUUGAUUUGUGCAACGUCACCCGAUCAGCUGAUGUCUACAUUGGAGCUCAGAUUUGGUAACCCAGAUUUUAUAUUGACUAAAAUCACGCAAGAUGUACAGAAGUUACCACCGUUGCCAUUGGAUUAUCAAAGUGAAAUAGUGCCUUUUGCUGUUAAAAUCCAGAAUUACGUAACAGCAGUACGUGCAGUGGGGCGUGACGAAUACCUACGCGGUGUUCACCUAGCGAAUAUUAUUUUGGCCAAGCUGCCCACUGUACUAGUUUCCAAAUGGGCGGAUUAUUGUUACCCUAGAUUGAAAGGAGAAAUUGAUAAGUCAAGAAUUGACAUGAUUUCCGAUUUCCUUCACGAGGAGGCACUAAAAAUGUCAACCACGGCCAACGUUACUACAUCAGCUCAACGUUACAAUCAAAACAAAUACAGGCAGCACGAAAGUAACGCUAGAAACUCACAAAGUAUACUACUUCAACACUCCGACGCUAAGAGCGAGCAUAGUGAAAAAUGCAACUAUUGUAAACAAGAUGAACACCAGCUGACAAGUUGCAAAUCAUUCAAGAAAGCAUUACGCAGAGAUCGAUGGCGCCACGUCAAGCGAUACGGCUUAUGUUUUAAAUGCCUACUAUCGCGGCACGGCAGAGAUAACUGUACUGCGCCCGCUUGCGAUCAAGACAACUGCGGCGGGGCGCAUCACCGGCUGUUACACAACCCUCCGCAGCGGCACGGGGCCGGGGCGACCGCCGAGAGCAAGAAGACCUCAUCGAGUACGUCAACUACCGAGACUGUGGCCCAUAUGAGUGUUACGGACAAAAAAGUGCUGUUGAAAGUAGUGCCGGUCGAAAUUCACGGUCCUAACGGUAAAAUAAGUGCGUGUGCGUUAUUAGACGACGGGUCUACAAUAUCAGUGAUAAGCUCGCAGCUGGCUGCGCGCGCAGGGCUGCGCGGCGGCCGCAGCGAGCCCAUGCGCGUGCGCGGCGCGUGGGGCGACGAUGCGCUUGUGUGCGCGUCGACAGCGCUCACUCUGGACUUGUCUAGUAAGGGAAGUGAUAACAGAUUGUUUACAAUUAAUUUGCGAAGCGUUGAUAACUUAGAUUUGCCUGUUCAAGAGUUUUCACUAGCUAAAUGUAAAGAGUAUGAUCAUUUGAAAAAUGUAACUAUAAACUGUAAUGAUUUGUGUAAGCCAGAAAUAUUAUUAGGUCAAGACAAUUAUCAUUUGUUAAUGCCUUUAGAGAUUUAUGUCGGUAAAAACAAUGAGCCGUCAGCUACACGAACCCCCCUGGGCUGGUGCGUGCACGGAGUAAUGCACUUGCCGUGCGCUGGUUCUUCUUCUCCCUACACCACCUUACUCAUUUCAGCACCAGCGUCUGAUGAUGAACGCGCUCUUCGGGACCUCAGUGAUGAGGUGCGGCGCUCCUUUUCUAUAGAUGCUUUGGGAGUGACAGGUAAACCACGACAGAACAAAGACGAGGUGCGCGCGGUGGCCAUGCUGGACGAGGGUGCGCAGCUCAUUGACGGCAGGUGGCACGUCAACUUGCCGUGGAAGGACCCAAACUGUAAGUUACCUAACAGUUACCCUAAUGCACUUUCCCGACUGCAUAGCGUUGAGAGGAAAAUGUCAGCUGACCAGGAGUACGCGAGUAGGUACAGGGAGCGUGUAAAACACUUGCUAGAAAAUAAUUUUGCCCAAGAAACGCAAAAUUCCGAACGGUCGCCAAGAACUUGGUAUUUACCCCAUUUUGGGGUAAAUAAUCCUAAUAAAAAAAAGUUGCGACUCGUGUUCGAUGCGGCCGCUAAAGUCUAUGGUGAGUCAUUGAAUGAUUUCCUACUCACAGGGCCUGACCUACUAAAUUCUUUAUUUGGCAUAAUGUUACGUUUUAGAAUAAAUAAAGUUGGAGUCACCGGGGACAUUAAAGACAUGUUCCUACGCAUUAAAAUAAAACCUGAAGACCAAUCGGCUUUAAGGUUCUUAUGGAGGGAUGAAUCUUCAGGUGAGAUAAAGACGUAUUCAAUGACGUCACUGAUAUUUGGAGCAAACUGUUCGCCGUUCGUCGCGCAGUUUAUUAAAAACAAAAAUGCGCAGCUGCAUGAGUCAUCACAGCCCGCCGCCGCAGCCGCUAUCUAUAUGCAGCACUAUAUGGAUGACUAUAUCGAUAGUCUACCGGAUGAAACCACAGCCAUAAGUAUGGCACGGAAUAUAACGGAUAUUCACAAGAAGGGUGGUUUUGAGAUCCGCAACUGGACUAGUAAUAGCCUACAGGUGUUAGAUAGCUUGCCAAAGGAGACUUUAGGUGACGCGGCCGUUAAGUUUAAAUCUAACGAACAAUACCAAGGUGAGCGAACGCUGGGAAUGAUUUGGUACCCGGCCCAAGAUGAACUAGGUUUUGACGUUUCAUUGAAACGUAUUCCCGACGGCAUUGUAAAAGGUAAACAAAGACCGACUAAACGUUUGAUGCUUGCGGUAGUCAUGUCUAUUUUUGAUAUAUUUGGUUUUCUUACUCCAUUCACCAUACAGGGCAAAAUAAUGCUUCAGGAUACCUGGAGGCAUAACAUUGGCUGGGACGAAAAAAUCUCAGACGAUGUUUAUCAAAAAUGGUGCAGCUGGAUUGAUCUAUUAAAAGAUAUACCAAGUAUACGCAUUCCACGUUAUUAUGUAAGGGCCGGUGCGAGCGAGACGGAGUCUGCGUUUACCACGAGUGAGAGGGAGACCGAUAGUGCAUCGCCUACGCCGCUGCUACGAGAUUCUACGCGGCAUCGAGUCAGUGAACACGUUACGGAUAACGAGUGUGCUACGGGCCAUGCUACGAACGGGUCUACGACUGGUAAUAAUUAUAAUAAUUUGCAAUUGCAUGUUUUUAGCGAUGCUUCAUCGAAGGCGAUGUGUGCCGUAGCCUACUGGAGAUGGGAACACAAUGGAAAAAUACACAUCGCGCUUAUAACCAGCCGGGGCCGCGUUGCUCCGUUAAAACCGACUACGAUACCUAAAAUGGAGCUGCAGGCCGCCUUGUUAGCGGCUAGACUCGCAAAGACAAUCGCUGAGGAGCACGGACGCAUGAAAGUCGAGCAAAGGUAUUUUUGGUGCGACUCGACCACAGUGCUACAGUGGAUUAAUAAUGACACGCGGCAAUAUAAAACAUUCGUAGCAAACCGGCUCGGCGAAAUAGAUGACUUAACACGAGCUACUGAGUGGAGGUAUGUGCCUACGAAGUUGAAUAUCGCUGACGUUGGUACUAGGGAAACUUAUGACGUCACAGUGUUUAGAAAUGAAUGGUUCACGGGACCUUCAUUUUUAUACGGAAAUGAGACUACUUGGCCGCGCCGUGAGUUCACUGCUUUAUGUGACAGUGACCUGGAGAGAAUAAACUUAAUUAAACAAGAAAGUAACAACUUACCUAUACUCGACGUUAGUAGAUUUUCAUCCUGGUUGAAACUGGUGAGAGUGACGGCUACCGUGUUGCGCUUUAUUAAUAAAUGCAGGAAGGUUGCAUCGUCGAGCCUGUUAUCAGACAUGGACCUAGCUGAGCGGUUUCUGAUUAAACAAGCGCAGUUGGAUAGUUUCGCCUCGGAAAUAUCUGCAAUAAAGAAAGGAAAACGCAUAGAAAAUAACAGUCGACUACUUACCUUGUCACCGAUGCUCGAUGAACACGACGUGCUGCGUUGCGGAGGCCGCAUUGACGCCGCCACCGGAGUCUCACCUGAAACUAAAAGGCCUAUAAUUUUAGAUGGAAAACACCACGUCGCUCGUCUGAUAGUGAAACACUACCACGAGAAGGCUGCUCACGGCAACCAAGAGUCGGUAGUCAACCAUCUGAAACAAAGAUUUUGGAUUAUAAAAUUGAGACCAACUGUUAAAUAUGUCUCAUCGCGAUGUAUGGUAUGCAGAAUAAGGAAGGCUAAGCCCGAAAUACCAAGGAUGGGUAACUUACCUGCCGCCCGCGUAGCUCACCACCAACGUCCAUUCACUCAUUGUGGGAUUGAUCUGUUUGGCCCAAUGACCGUGACAGUUGGCCGUCGACAUGAGAAAAGGUAUGGUGUAAUUUUCACAUGUCUUACGGUGCGCGCUGUCCACCUAGAAAUAGUCCAUUCAGUCAGCACAGAUUCGUUGAUUAUGGCACUUAGGCGCAUGGCAGCGCGCCGCGGCUGGCCGCGACAUCUGAUGUCAGACAACGGGACUAACUUGCGAGGAGCUGACACAGAACUCAAACGAUCGAUCACGGAACUGGACGAAGGAGUGCUCCGCACUGAAGCUGCAAACAACGCAACUGAAUGGACAUUCAUACCACCUGCGAGUCCACACUGGGGUGGGGCAUGGGAGCGACUUAUACGAAGUAUCAAAACUUCACUUAAAAUCAUCUUGAAGGAACGUGCACCUAGGGACGAGGUUUUGAGUACUCUUCUUACAGAAGUCGAGAACAUCGUCAAUAGUCGUCCUCUCUCUCAUGUCUCUGUGGAACCUGGCAGCGACGAGACACUAACACCCAACCAUUUCUUGCUUGGAACUUCUUCGAAUCUUCCAACUCCCGGAAGGUUCAGCAGCGAUGACCUGUACCUGCGCAAACAGUGGCGUAAGUCUCAACUACUUGCAGAUAUGUUCUGGAAACGCUGGAUCAACGAAAUUCUCCCAGACCUCGUACCGAGACGCAAGUGGAACCAGGAACAACAGUCGUUGAAGGUAGGUGAUUUGGUUCUAAUUGUGGAUCCAGGAGCGCCACGCAACGUGUGGCCCAAGGCAGUAGUUCAGCAGGUGUUUCCAGGGGCAGACGGUCGAGUAAGGGUGGUUGAACUAAGAACCAAGUCAGGUACGCUGAAGAGGUCUGCAGCGCGCGUCGCAAGGAUCCCUUUAAUUGAUUAG